GCUCCGCGGAGCAGUCGCGAGUCGUCUGCCGUCGUGGGGACGUCAUCGAGGUUGUUGAAAUCGUGUGCGAAUUUGCUAAUCGCGCGCAAGUUGCAUCUGCCGGUUCGUGUAAAUCGACAGUGAUUCGGUAAGUCUCGCUCAAAGAGUUUUGCGUCGCGAAUCGCCGCGACGUUGGUCGAUCGCGGCUGCGAAUUCGACAGGGGAGUCUAGACGGGCGCGGGCAAAGAUGUGCGGCGGCUUUACGUGCUCCAAAAAUGCGCUGACGGCACUCAACAUCCUCUAUAUCGUUGUUGCCUUUAUAUUAAUAGGAGUUGCUGUGUAUGGGAGAGCAUCUGCUUUAAUUACAAAUCUCCCUAUUAUUGGGGGCAUCUUAGCAUGCGGAGUGAUCCUGUUUCUUAUUUCUAUAUUAGGCCUGAUUGGUGCGGUGAAGCAUCAUCAGGUUUUAUUGUUCUUUUACAUGCUUAUUUUAUUCCUCUUGUUUUUAAUUCAAUUCAGCAUUGCCUGUGCUUGUCUCGCUGUCAAUACUAAGCAGCAAGAGCAAUUAGCAGAACAGGGUUGGAAACAAGUUGAAAAUACUGAUUUGAGAGAAAAGGUUCAAGAUACUUUCAAAUGCUGUGGAUUUAAUAGCACCAUUGAUGACCAGUCAUCUCUAUCUUGCCAUGAAAAGGUGUGCUGUCAAUCAGCUGAUGUCAAUUUAAUGCCUUGUCCUCCUUGUCCGACAUGUAUGCAUAAAUUGCAAUCUACUAUUGAUUACGCCUUCAAACUGUGUGGCAGUAUAGGAUUAUUCUUUAGCUUUACAGAGGUGAUUGCAGCUUUCUUGGCAAAACGUUAUCGUAAUCAAUUAGAUCCAGAAGAAAAAGCUGCAAGAGCUGUUUUUCCAAGGCAAAAUUAUUUAUAUUAAUUCUUCGAUGAGAAUAUGUUUUCGAAAUCAAUAAGUUUUAUUUCUAUUUGUUUACUUCGUGUCUCGAAUAUGAAGAGGACAAAUGCGCGCACGUGCGCAAAGCUAAUUUUACUUUUUGAUUGCCCAAACAUUUACAAGGGCUUAAAUUGUUUUAUUUUUCAAUUCUGAAAAAAGGCUAUUAUUAUUAUACAUGCAUAACGCUCACAGUAACUGACACAUUUUCCAACUGGGCAAUCAUAAGUUUUAGAGUGAGUUAGAUAAAUAAUAUUUGAAAUGUGUGCUCUAGUCAUAUACUUAGAACACUCAGAACAAGCCUCAAUGCGCCUUGUAGUUUAGAGAGACGGGUAAAACUUUCACGUAAGUAUGUUUUUAUGUUUUGUUAUUUCGUUUGCAUUGUUUUACGAUAACCUCUGGAAACUAAAAACUUGGUCUGUUACAUGAUUGUCAUUUAUAAAUUCAACAAUUUGCACAUACCAUGAUAUUUAUUCCAUUAAAAAAAAAACUGAGAUGAUUUAUGAGUAGAAUAUAUAUAUAUACAUAUAUAUAUAUACAAUUACUUUUUUAUAUUUUUUUUUAUAGAAAAGUCUAAUGGUUGUUAUCGUAAUAACAGCAUUUACAAUCGUAUCAUACUCAUAUUUUUCUCUUGUGAAGAAGAUAACAUAAUAUAUACAUUAUAAUAUAUGUAUAAUUAUUUUACUAUCAUCAUCAAUUUAGAAAUUUAUGUCUUCUUGAGCAAAAGAAAUUCUGUCAUAUCGUCGUGUCAUUUUGAAUAUUUUUUAAAUAACUUUAUAAUAUUUUUAUGUCUAGAAAAAAGAUUAGGUUUUAUAUUUCAAAUUUUCUAUCUAUAUAUAAAACAUUCUUACGUUACAUAAGAAAUUGUAAUCAAAAUAAUGCAGAAAAGAACGUUCUCGUACAAACUUAUAUAUCCAAUUUGGAUGAAACUUGCGACUAUUAUAAAUACGAGUUUUUUAUUUCCUUACGUUUAUUUAAACAGAUGUAAGUAUCGUUUAAAGUAUUGGAUUUUACCGUGAAGAUUUAUUCUGUGCAAUAUUUCAAGUUUCAUCCAAAACUAUUCCAGUACGAGUGCUUUGCUUGAGAUUCUGCGCUUGAUUGUGCUCCAUAUAAUGAAAUUUAUUCGUAAAAAGCUGAAAUUAAAAUAUUCUAAAUAGCCUGAGGAAACGAUCUUUUGUUAUUUGUUAAUUAUGUUGGUUUCGUAUACAACUCGAGUUUUAAUUAUGAAGUUGUUCGAAAAGUUUGUAGCGUUUUCAAACAAACAUUAUCGUAGAUGGCAACAUGUCCGGGACAUGUACGAGACAUCAUGCAGAUAUUAAAAAUACCGAAGCAUCGUGUAUUAAAUUACGUGAAUCGGCACGAGUAAGUUUUAAAUUUCAUUAAAAAAAUGCUACGUACUUUUCGAACAGUCCAAUUAUAUUUGAGUAAAAGAAAAAUGACUUCUUUAAAAUUAAUAUCCUCCCAGGUCUUUUUUUGCGGAUAAUUCGCGCAAUAAAACCGUAAAGACCUUUACAAAGGAAAUAUAAAAUUAUUGUGCAUGAAAAAAUGUAUUGUACACACAUCACAUUCUAAAUACUAUCGAAAAUCUAUCAUAUUUUCAAUCUAGUUCUAUCACACGUAGGUGCAAUAAUGUUAAGUUUUAUUUUGAGAGGCUAUUUAAAUUCCAGUUAUCGUCUUCGAUGAAUGGCAGAUUGAAAAAAUCUUUUAUCACUAUAUUUUAUAAUGUUUAAUUAAGUUUUUUAGCAAUUAGAAUUAAAGGUACACAAGUGACGGAAAACGGAAAAAUGUUUUAUGGUUUUGUAAAUGAUUAGUUUUUAUUAUUUUGACAAACCGGUUGAUUUUUUUUUUUUUUUUUUUGUAAGGUUAAAGAGAGAUUUCGGAGAGUGCCAGUUAUUUUAUAAAUUAUAGAAAGUAUAACUUUAUGGAUAUAUCUUCCGCGGCGAGGCGGUGAAAAUAUCGAAUCUCGCGAACAUUCCAAUUUUUAUGCGUCUUUGCCUGGCUUUUGGUAGAAAAAAACGUGCACAUAUAUUUUACAUGUUUGUGAAACACAGAGCUCUCAAAAAGAGUGAGAAGCAAUCAUACGUAUAUUAUUAUAUACAGUAUGUAAUUCCUACAUACAUAUUUUUACUUAAAUACGUAUCAUAAUCGAUAUAUGUAUAUUCGUAUAAAUAGAUGAAAAACGAAAAAAGUCUCGCGACUAACGUGUAUCCUAAGAGCGCUGAGAACAAUCGAGAAAUUCGAUGAAUCUACAAUAUAAACUUAUAGAGUGAGUUGUGUGCUAACUAUA